UGUCUUCAUUACCUCAUCACAUCAUCUUUAGUGUCUGCAGUCUCUGGCCAUCUCCUGUACUAUGUCUACAGUCUCUGGUCAUCUCCUGUACUAUGUCUGCAGUCUCUGGUCAUCUCCUGUACUAUGUCUGCAGUCUCUGGUCAUCUCCUGUAGUAUGUCUGCAGGCUCUGGUCAUCUCCUGUACUAUGUCCGCAGUCUCUGGUCAUCUCCUGUAGUAUGUCCGCAGGCUCUGGUCAUCUCCUGUACUAUGCCUGCAGUCUCUGGUCAUCUCCUGUACUAUGCCCGCAGUCUCUGGAUAUCUCCUGUAGUACAUCCGCAGUCUCUGGUCAUCUCCUGUAGUAUGUCCGCAGUCUCUGGUCAUCUCCUGUAGUAUGUCCGCAGUCUCUGGUCAUUUCCUGUACUAUGUCUGCAGUCUCUGGUCAUCUCCUGUAGUACAUCCGCAUUCUCUGGUCAUCUCCUGUAGUACAUCCGCAUUCUCUGGUCAUCUCCUGUACUAUGUCUGCAGUCUCUGGUCAUCUCCUGUAGUAUGUCUGUGGUCUCUGGUCAUCUCCUGUAGUACAUCCACAUGUCUGCAGUCUCUGGUCAUCUCCUGUACUAUGUCUGUAGUCUCUGGUCAUCUCCUG